UGCCUCAUCCAGGGUUCGCCCCCGUCAGUCUCCGGCAGCUUCUCGCGGCUUCGCAAGCCCCUUCCCGUGAUGCCCCGCGCCUGGCUGUUGCGGUUGCCGGGCAACGCGCGGUCCAUGUCGCGGGCCUCGCUGGGACUCCCUGGGAGAUGAGGCCGCGAGGUCUCCCGCUGCCCCUGGUGGUGCUCCUGGGCUGCUGGGCCUCCGUGAGCGCCCAGACCGAGGCCACCCCGGCGGUGACGACAGAGGGCCUCAACUCCACCGAGGCAGCCCUGGCCACCUUCGGAACUUCCCCGUCGACCAGGCCCCCCAGGACUCCCAGGGCUCCAGGGCCCUCCUCCGGCCCCAGGCCUACCCCGGUCACGGACGGGUCUCACUCUGUCACUCAGGCUGGAGUAUAGUGGCAUGAUCACAGCUCACUGCAGCCUCGACCUCCUAGGCUCAGUUGCUGCUCUCUGUGUCUGUGACUUAUCCCCAGCACAGUGUGACGUCAACUGCUGCUGUGAUCCCGACUGCAGCUCCGUGGAUUUCAGUGUCUUUUCUGCCUGCUCAGUUCCAGUUGUCACGGGUGACAGCCAGUUUUGUAGUCAAAAAGCAGUCAUCUAUUCAUUGAAUUUUACAGCAAACCCACCUCAAAGAGUAUUUGAACUUGUUGACCAGAUUAAUCCAUCUAUUUUCUGCAUUCAUAUUACAAACUAUAAACCUGCAUUAUCCUUUAUUAAUCCAGAAGUACCUGAUGAAAACAAUUUUGAUACAUUGAUGAAAACAUCUGAUGGUUUUACAUUGAAUGCUGAAUCAUAUAUUUCCUUCACAACCAAACUGGAUAUUCCUACUGCUGCUAAAUAUGAGUAUGGGGUUCCUCUGCAGACUUCAGAUUCGUUUCUGAGAUUUCCUUCGUCCCUGACAUCAUCUCUGUGCACUGAUAAUAACCCUGCAGCGUUUCUGGUGAACCAGGCUGUUAAGUGCACCAGAAAAAUAAAUUUAGAACAGUGUGAAGAAAUUGAAGCCCUCAGCAUGGCUUUUUACAGCAGCCCGGAAAUUCUGAGGGUACCUGAUUCAAGAAAAAAGGUCCCUAUCACUGUUCAGUCCAUUGUCAUUCAGUCUCUAAAUAAAACACUCACCCGACGGGAGGACACUGAUGUGCUGCAGCCGACUCUCGUCAACGCUGGACACUUUAGCCUUUGCGUGAAUGUUGUUCUUGAGGUAAAGUACAGCCUCACAUACACAGAUGCAGGUGAAGUCACCAAAGCUGAUCUCUCAUUCCUUCUGGGGACAGUUAGCAGCGUAGUGGUCCCACUGCAGCAAAAGUUUGAAAUUCAUUUUCUUCAGGAAAAUACCCAGCCAGUCCCUCUCAGUGGAAACCCUGGUUAUGUCGUGGGGCUCCCAUUAGCUGCUGGAUUCCAGCCUCAUAAGGGGUCUGGGAUUAUUCAGACCACAAAUAGAUAUGGACAGCUUACUAUUCUUCAUAGCACAACUGAGCAAGACUGCUUAGCACUGGAGGGGGUCCGGACCCCAGUAUUAUUUGGUUACACUAUGCAAUCUGGCUGUAAACUAAGACUGACUGGAGCUCUCCCGUGUCAGCUCGUAGCACAGAAGGUGAAGAGCCUGCUGUGGGGCCAGGGCUUCCCAGAUUACGUGGCCCCUUUUGGAAAUUCCCAGGCCCAGGACAUGCUGGACUGGGUGCCCAUCCACUUCAUCACCCAGUCAUUCAACAGGAAGCAUUUUGUUUUGCAGGAUUCCUGCCAGCUCCCAGGGGCUUUGGUUAUAGAAGUGAAGUGGACUAAAUACGGAUCCCUGCUGAAUCCACAGGCCAAAAUAGUCAAUGUAACUGCAAAUCUAAUUUCAUCCUCCUUUCCUGAGGCCAACUCAGGAAAUGAAAGGACGAUUCUUAUUUCCACUGCGGUUACUUUUGUGGAUGUGUCUGCACCUGCAGAGGCAGGCUUCAGAGCUCCACCAGCCAUCAAUGCCAGGCUGCCCUUUAACUUCUUCUUCCCGUUUGUUUGACAAUGCUCAGAUGCAUCAGUUCCUUAAUAUACACGUGAAAUUUGAAAACUGUACAUUCGGUGAGAUUAAAUUUUAUAUACAACUA